UAGCACUGAAGGUCCAAUUCUCUUGUUUUCCAGGAUGCGUUACGUUGCAGCUUACCUUCUAGCGGUCCUUGGUGGCAAUGAGUCUCCCACGUCAAAGGACUUGAAAAAGAUCCUCGACAGCGUUGGCAUUGAGACAGAUGAUGAACGCAUGAACAAGGUUAUUAGUGAGCUGAAUGGAAAAAACAUUGAGGAUGUCAUUGCUCAGGGUAAUGGAAAACUUGCCAGCAUGCCAGCUGGGGGAGCUGUGGCAGUCUCUGCUGGAGGGGGCUCUGCUGCUCCUGCUGCAGCUGCUGCCCCUGCUGCUGCUGAGGAGAAGAAAGAAGAGAAGAAGGAGGAAUCUGAAGAAUCUGAUGAUGACAUGGGAUUCGGCCUAUUUGAUUAAUUAUUUGUUAUAGAGAAAUUAUUAAAAUUCUUUGUUUUAAA